AUGAGCAGAGCAAAACAUUCAAACUACAUACCCACUGAUCUCUAUUUCGAGAUAUUCUCAAGGUCGCCACCAAAGUCCAUAGCUCGGUCUCGCUGCGUGUCGAAGCUAUGGAAGUCCAUGCUUAGCUCUCCAUCUUUCAAGGAAUUAUUCUUGACCAGAUCAUGGGCUCGUCCACGUCUCUUAUUCGCUAUCAAACGAUCCCAUGAGUGGCGCUUCUUCUCGUCGCCUCAGUAUCCAUAUGAUGAUGAGAAGUCUUCUCUUCAAGUAGCCGCCACUGAUUUACAUGUGAAGCUCUCUGGCAAGUCCUUGUACAAAAGCACGUGUAUGUGCAGCUUUACCUCUGGUUUGUUAUGUUUUCCUAAUAAGCCGAUCUCAGGAAUUAGGUCUGAGAAAUUCAAGUUUGUUGAUGCAAGUUGCUUUGAUACGGAACCUGAUAUUACAUUGGUAAACUAUAAAGAGGAUGUCGAAAAACAUGAAUGGUCCAAGUAUGUUCAUUCAUUUGGGGGUCGUCUCGAUUCCAAGUUUUGUGACGUCAUUGGAAUGACUAGUACAGGUGAAAUUGUAUGUUCGGGUGAAGGUAAAUUUGAUGAACCAAUCAGAUUUUUAUACUUCGAUCCUGAAAGGGACACUGUUAAGAUUGUCCAAAUCCAAGGUUUGAAGUAUCGUAGUAUGGUUUACACUUUUGUAGACCAUGUGGAAGAUCUUAAUGUUAACGAUGUAAAGCCACUCAAGUCAAGCCUAAGAAUGGAAGGCCUACACUAA